AUGGCACUCAGAACACUCUCCGCUAAGAGCGCUGCGGCGUUGGAUCAAGAGCUCAUGUCGACGGGCGCAUUCUCCAUCGAUCAGCUGAUGGAGCUUGCUGGUCUGUCGGUAUCCCAAGCAGUCUUCAAACUCCAACCUCUCAACAGAGGCAAGAGAAUACUGGUCGCCUGUGGACCGGGCAACAACGGUGGUGAUGGACUUGUAGCUGCUCGCCAUCUGUUCCACUACGGAUACCAACCUACCAUCUACUACCCCAAGCAGAGCAAGAAUGAACUCUACCAGCGCCUGAAGAAGCAGCUUGAAGACCUCAAAGUACCAUUCACAGACAACUUCCCCAACGCACUAAAGGAAACCGACCACAUCGUCGACGCAAUCUUCGGCUUCUCCUUCUCAGGCGAGGUCCGCGAGCCCUUCCCCAAGGUCAUCGAAGCUCUCGCCUCCACCUCAAUCCCCGUUCUAGCUGUCGACGCACCAUCAUCAUGGAACAUUGAAGACGGCCCGCCAGACUCAGGCCCGGGAAAAGACUUCAUGCCACCAGCGCUAAUCAGUCUGACUGCGCCCAAGCCGCUGGUCAAGUAUUUCAAGGGCAGGCAUUUUCUGGGUGGGCGGUUUCUGAGCCCUGAGAUGGCGGAGAAGUAUGGGCUGGAUGUUCCCGAGUAUGAGGGCUUGGAUCAGGUGGUUGAGGUGCCUGUUGAAGCGUGA